UGGUGACCGCACCACCAGUACCCGGGGAGCACCUUGUAAAGCUAGAGCUAGCCUAGAAAGCUAGAGCUAGCCCUGGGCAUACCAAGUCAGUUCAGCGCAGGAUGGCGGAGCUAGAGAGCGAUGAUUGUGGUAAUGCCGCGUGUGUGAUUUCUGCCUUUUACUAUCUCGGCACUUAGGUUCAACGCCAUCUUUGAGCUUGUUAGUAGAUUCUGGAUCGUGUGUGCACGCGUGAGCAGUCCAGUUAGUCGCGAUAUUCACUAUUCUCGCCGCAGGCGGACUCUAGACCCGAACGCAGCGCGAUGUAGCCAGGCCCGUGUGCUUAAAGAACUUACAUAUUUGAUAUUGUAAAUCAUGUAUGAAGGUGAUGCCACAGCGACACGACCGGCAGACUCGUUGCUCAGUUUGGAUACCAAGGCGGAACUGCCUAUCUCGGCUUCGUGCGCCCCGGUUCCUACACUUGUGGGAUCCAUCACCGCCGGUGUAGCAAGUGGGGUCUGGGGCAUGACACAACAAGCUGCAAAAUCGGGCAACCCAUCACUAACAUCAGAGUUUGAGUAUAAAUUCAAGUCCGUGUCCCCAUCAGAGACAUCGGAGCAGCAAGUAAGACCGCAAUCGGGUAGCUACAGUGGCUACUUUCUCCUGCAGCUGCCAGGAAGGACCGCACCAGUGAAAGUUGUAGAGAAUGCCAUGUCUUUGGAAUUCUCUUUAAAUAUUGCAGGCAAGCUUAAUGUGCGUGGUCACGGAGAAAAUCGCUAUGGUCCCUUCUCAAUUUCUGGUACCUGUGACAAUGAUGGUCGUAAUCUUGAGCUUGCGCGCGUUUAUGCACCCAAAAGUGCUCAGACUGCCAAGCCAAAAACAUCGUCAGCUGUGCGCAAGCCUAGUGGCAAGGAUUUAACUCGUGUUCAGGAAGCACUAAAAAGGUCGGACGAUCAAGCUGUUGAAAGUUCAACUUUGUUAGGUAGAAGCGAGUCAGUUGGGGCCGAAACAGACGGAAAACGUUCCACUCGUGCGCGCAAAAUGCCAUCACACCUUCGUGACGAACCAUUCCCCGGGAGUAUUUCAAGUAGUUUCCCAUCAAAUGAGCCAUUCAAGCGCUGCAAUGCCAUCGUUGCGUCACUGGAGCGGUCAACUGGCUCAGGCUGGUUUUUGACGCCCGUAGAUGCGAUCACGCUUGGGGUACCCCACUACAGCGCAAUUAUCGACUUGCCCAUGGAUUUGGGUACUGUAAAGCACAGCCUUGACCGUGGCUUGUACUCCGAUCCACAUGCUUUUGCUACAGAUAUGCGCCUUGUAUUUCGCAAUGCCAUGACUUUCAAUAUUUUACCAGAGGCACCUGUUCAUGAGGCCGCACGUGACCUUCAUGUGAAAUUUCAAGACCAACUCAAGGGCCUCUGGAAGCAUGCGGCCGGCGGCACUUUGGCUGGUGCCAAGGCUAGAGUAGGGGGGCUAAAGCGUGAUGCAGAUCUUGACUUGGACGGUGGUACCAAACGUGGCAAGGUCACGAAUGGAAAAGGUACAGGCAAGAAAAGUGGCAAGGGUAAAAAGUAUCCACGAGACGAUGACAUUUCUACUCUGCCUUCGGGGACUGGUAUGGUACCAGUAGCUGAUCUCAUCAACAUGCAGCGCCAAAUGGAAUCUAUGCAAGCAACUAUCGCUGCUCUACAGAAGCAGGCCUCACAAACUGAGGUUCAAGUGCAGAUGAAUAUGGAGCUUGGCGUCGGGACAGCAGCUCCAUCUGCUUACAGCUCAUCCAAAGUACCUCGCUUUGCUAAGCCCCUCACUUUUGACGAAAAAGAGGCCCUCUCUGAUGACAUUAAUGCCCUGCCCCCGGACAAACUUGCCCAUGUUGUAAAAAUCGUCCAGGAGUCAAUGCCACUAAGAGGCCGCCAUGAUGAUGAUGAAAUUGAAGUUGACAUCGAAACCCUUGACAAUGACACUCUUCGCCACCUCCAAAAGUACGUCAAAGCUUCACUGAGUAAGAAACGAACGAGCAUUAAAAAAAAAGUUCCGCCGCUGCAAGUGCCAUCGACUCAGCCCGACAUAUCGCUCACAACCGAUGAACGCACUCUUGCAUCGGUCGCCUUUGGGAAUCCCGGCCUAGGAUCGGGCCUGAACUCAGAUGAGGACGAUGACGAACUCGCUUAUGACGUGCUUGGUGCUUAGUUCAGGCAGCACUAAGCCACAAAUUUCUUACUGGCAUGGUCCAAAUAGAAUCGCUGCCAUCAAUCUACUUGCACGUCCACUCGGACCUCAAUUAAUAGGACGAUAGGAAGAUUGGGACGCAAUUAUUCCCAACAGCCUGUCUUAAGCCUUCAGUAAUUUCGCCGGGUGAAUCAGAUGGGCGAAGAUUAAGCAGGGCCGGACCCCGGAAAUUCCCUAGCAGCCCUAUAUGGAUAUGGAACGGUAGGAAAUAAUUAGUGGAUAAUUAGAGACCGAUUCAA